UAUGUUGACUUAAAAGUUAAAGGGUGUGAUCUGGUUGAGAACAGAAGGACAGUUGUAGUGACUGGAUAUUCAGGAGAGUCUGUGGUUCUGCCCUGUUCCUGCACUGAACUACUGGCUAAACCUCAACAGAUACAAUGGAUGUAUUUGAUAGAGAAUACAUAUAAAGAAAUUUACCCAAAUGAACAGACUGAGAAUUACAAGAACAGAGUCAAACUGUUAAAUCCAAACACUCCAGGAAAUCUUUCUCUACACAUAUCAGCACUGACCACAGAGGACCAAGGGCACUAUCAGUGUUUUGUCUCGUCUCAGCAAGUAGUCGGCUUCAUACUUACUGUACUUCACGCUGAAGGGUGUGAUCUGGUUGAGAACAGAAGGACAGUUGUAGUGACUGGAUAUUCAGGAGAGUCUGUGGCUCUGCCCUGUUCCUGCACUGAACUACUGGCUAAACCUCAACAGAUACAAUGGAUGUAUCUGAUAGAGAAUACAUAUAAAGAAAUUUACCCAAAUGAACAGACUGAGAAUUACAAGAACAGAGUCAAACUGUUAAAUCCAAACACUCCAGGAAAUCUUUCUCUACACAUAUCAGCACUGACCACAGAGGACCAAGGGCACUAUCAGUGUUUUGUCUCGUCUCAGCAAGUAGUCAGCUUCAGACUUACUGUACUUCACGCUGAAGGGUGUGAUCUGGUUGAGAACAGAAGGACAGUUGUAGUGACUGGAUAUUCAGGAGAGUCUGUGGCUCUGCCCUGUUCCUGCACUGAACUACUGGCUAAACCUCAACAGAUACAAUGGAUGUAUUUGAUAGAGAAUACAUAUAAAGAAAUUUAUCCAAAUGAACAGACUGAGAAUUACAAGAACAGAGUUAAACUGUUAAAUCCAAACACUCCAGGAAAUCUUUCUCUACACAUAUCAGCACUGACCACAGAGGACCAAGGGCACUAUCAGUGUAUGACUGAACCAAAUAUUAUUACAUAUGUUGACUUAAAAGGUAAAGGGUGUGAUCUGGUUGAGAACAGAAGGACAGUUGUAGUGACUGGAUAUUCAGGAGAGUCUGUGGUUCUGCCCUGUUCCUGCACUGAACUACUGGCUAAACCUCAACAGAUACAAUGGAUGUAUCUGAUAGAGAAUACAUAUAAAGAAAUUUACCCAAAUGAACAGACUGAGAAUUACAAGAACAGAGUCAAACUGUUAAAUCCAAACACUCCAGGAAAUCUUUCUCUACACAUAUCAGCACUGACCACAGAGGACCAAGGGCACUAUCAGUGUUUUGUCUCGUCUCAGCAAGUAGUCAGCUUCAGACUUACUGUACUUCACGCUGAAGGGUGUGAUCUGGUUGAGAACAGAAGGACAGUUGUAGUGACUGGAUAUUCAGGAGAGUCUGUGGUUCUGCCCUGUUCCUGCACUGAACUACUGGCUAAACCUCAACAGAUACAAUGGAUGUAUUUGAUAGAGAAUACAUAUAAAGAAAUUUACCCAAAUGAACAGACUGAGAAUUACAAGAACAGAGUCAAACUGUUAAAUCCAAACACUCCAGGAAAUCUUUCUCUACACAUAUCAGCACUGACCACAGAGGACCAAGGGCACUAUCAGUGUUUUGUCUCGUCUCAGAAAGUAGUCAGCUUCAGACUUACUGUACUUCACGCUGAAGGGUGUGAUCUGGUUGAGAACAGAAGGACAGUUGUAGUGACUGGAUAUUCAGGAGAGUCUGUGGUUCUGCCCUGUUCCUGCACUGAACUACUGGCUAAACCUCAACAGAUACAAUGGAUGUAUUUGAUAGAGAAUACAUAUAAAGAAAUUUACCCAAAUGAACAGACUGAGAAUUACAAGAACAGAGUCAAACUGUUAAAUCCAAACACUCCAGGAAAUCUUUCUCUACACAUAUCAGCACUGACCACAGAGGACCAAGGGCACUAUCAGUGUUUUGUCUCGUCUCAGCAAGAUGAAGUGGCAUGUUCUGAUGUAGUCUAUGUUGAAACCACAUCUCCACCUGCUCAUGCACAGAAUGACCCAGUAGAGCUCCCCAAUACCAAAAUUAAACAAACUUGA